GCCCCCGACCGCCAGUCUUGCCCCAGCUUCAGGAGGAGUUGGAGCAGCGUGGUCGCAGCCCUGUGCCCUUUUCAAGUGAGCUGGUCCCAACUCCUGCUCACGCCCGUUGCUUUGGAAAUGAUCCUGCUUCUCCUCCUCUUCGGGAGCGUGGGGGCAAAAAACAUGACUGAAGCAUCUCCAAACAGCGCUCCUUUGUGGAUAUCUAAAACCAUAACACGCUCUCUUUCUUCAGUCUCUGGGAUCCCAACAUUCAACUCAAUGACAACCAGUCUUACAACAAACAAGGUCCCUGAGAUGGGUGAUAACCCUGGGAACCAGACUUUCCCGCUUUCCUCAACUCCCGAUACAGCCAAUGUGGUGUCCUCUCCUGAAACUUCCCCUGCUGCCAGCAGGGGCAAUCCUGUAUCUGAGUCAACAAUCUCCCAGGAAGAUUCAACCAAGAAGUCAACAAUGCCCAUGAAAAUCCCUGAUGGCCCCAGCAUACCUGGUGUCUCAGUAAUGAAAACUACAGGAUUCCCCACUAUGACCGGUGAAACCAUGGCAACUAGCCCUCUGGAGACCACCAAUGGGACCAGUGGAACCCCUGUCACCAUGGCAACUAGCCCUCUGGAGACCUCCAGCGGGACCAGUGGAACCCCUGUCACCAUGGCAACUAGCCCUCUGGAGACCACCAAUGGGACCAAUGGGACCCCUGUCACCAUGGCAACUAGCCCUCUGGAGACCUCCAGCGGGACCAGUGGAACCCCUGUCACCAUGGCAACUAGCCCUCUGGAGACCACCAAUGGGAAAAAUGGGACCCCUGUCACCAUGGCAACUAGCCCUCUGGAGACCUCCAGCGGGACCAGUGGAACCCCUGUCACCAUGGCAACUAGCCCUCUGGAGACCACCAAUGGGACCAAUGGAACCCCUGUCACCAUGGCAACUAGCCCUCUGGAGACCUCCAGUGGGGCCAGCAAACUCCUAUUAACUAUGGCAGCUAGCUCUCUGGAGAUCUCUGGUGGGACCAGUAGACCUCCUGUCACCAUGGCAACAAGCUCUCUGGAGACCUCCAGUGGAACCAGGGAACCCCUUGUCACCACGGCAAGUAACUCUCUGAAGACCAUCAGUAUGACCAGUGGAUCCCCUGUCAUCAUGAAAACUAGCUCUCCUGAGAUCUCCAAGGGGACCAGUGGACUCUUGGUCACCAUGCCAGCUACCUCUCUGAAGACUCCCAUGGGGACCAGUGGCUCCCCUAGCCCUGGAGUAACAACAUCCAGCCCAAAUAUCUCCACAAAGGUAAGCAAGAGGGACAAACUAAUUCCAGCUCAGGGGACAAAGGGCACCCUGCUGGUGGCUGUGCUUGUGGCCCUGCUGGUGGUCAUUGUCCUCGUGGCAUUAAUCCUGUUGUGGCGCCGGCGGCAGAAGCGGAAGACAGGAGUCCUGACACUAAGCAGGAGUGGAAAACGCAACGGGGUGGUAGAUGCCUGGGCUGGGGUCGCCCGGGUGUCUGAUGAGGAGGCCAUGACAGCAACAGAGGGAGCGUCUGGAGGUAACAGUGACUCUAAUGGCCCCCACAGGGAGGGGUCUGGCCAGCGACCCACACUCACCACUUUCUUUGGUAGACGGAAGUCUCGCCAGGGCUCCGUGGCGCUGGAGGAGCUAAAGGCAGGGCCAGCCUCCAGCUUAAAGGGGGAAGAGGAGCCGCUGGUGGGCAACGAGGAUGAGGGUGCAGAGGCCCCUACUUCUAAUGGGCCAGAAGCGAAAGAGGUGAAGACCCCUUAAUGCUCGAGAAUCGCAAGACUGGGAUUCAGAACCAUUCCCACUUUCAUCAUCUUCCCUCCUAUCAUCACCAAGAGGUUGAUAUCCAACCUCUUCAUCCAUCACCAGCAUUUCCACCCAGCACCCUUUGGAUUUCAAUGCAGCACCUUCACCCUCAGUCUUCGUUCAGCUUCUUAACCCUGGCUCUUCUAGCCAGCAUCCGCACCCAGCAGCCACCCCCAGCACCGAGACCCAGGGCCUACACCCAUUGAGCACUUGCAAAACUUUCUCAUCAACCCCUACUUCUCCCCAUCACAUUUUCUCCACAUUUUGGUCCUUGAAACCAGCCGCCGAGUCUCCGGAAAUGCCAAACUCCCUGGACUGAUGAUUUCUCAGCAGAUACCAGAGUCUGGGAAGGAGUUGGCAACCCAGCAAGCUCCCACUUCAGGAUUACUCUGGAAAGUACAUUUGGCCCCAUGGAUUAGGACGUUUGUCCCAGAUUAGCCCAUGAACUGCCCGUAACUCUGGGUGCCCGUGGUCUGUGCCGGGCCAGCCCGGAGCAUGGGCUGGGUGGUAUCACCCCACGGUGCUCUGAGUGUGUCUGUGACGGCCCCAGGCCCCUGGACUGGCCCACGGUCCCAGCUGCCACACUCCCCCCACCUCUGGACGGAGGUGGCCAGAGGCUUCGGUUGUUUCUCCUCCCAAGAGCAGAGGUGAGAAGUUUCUGGGCAGGUGUAGUUCUUAGAAGUCUUGGCGUCUGCAUGGGUCCACUCAUGCGUGCGGUUUGUGUGCAGGAGGCGAGGACUUGGUGAAGUUUAUGAAGGACAGUGGGGGGUAGUACAGACAGUGUGAGGGAGGGGGCAGGGAGGGGGCAGGAAGGGCUGGGGAGAUGCCACCCUGAGGAGGUGCUGAGAACAUAGGCGCCCUUGUCUUUGCUCAGAUGGGGUGGAGGUGGAAGAUUUAAUUCUGUCUGUGGCCUGGCUUGAGAGAAAGACUGCAUGUGUGACUGAGCGUGGUUCUUCAACUCAGCCACCAAGUACCCCGUAACCCCCACCCCUACCCCCUCUUCCCCUCCCCCACCCCUCCAGCCACACCCUCCCCCACUUCCCACCCCCCACGCUUUCAUCCAUCAUCCCCUCCCCUACCCCCACUACCCCUCCAACUGUCACACUGAGUCCCAGGACUCGCUGAUACUGUUACCCGUUUAAUGUGUUUGUCUGUUCUAUUCCUCAAACGGGGGUCAGUGAGAGAGGGAGCUGUGACAAGUCCCAGAACCAGGAGCAUCCCUGUGGCUCUGGGAUGGAGAAAACGGGACAAGACCCAGCUGCACUAUCUCUGAGACCAGCCCAGGCUAGUGCCCUGGGCACCACGUGGACCCGGAGGCCGUUGGUAUUUCCCCAGGGCAAAGAGGAAAUUUGCAAAGAGGAAGUUGUUGAGUUAAGAGGGGCAGUGACCAAGAGCAGAUGUACUGACCUACAAAAGGAGAGGCCGAGGGACACCAUGGUGGUGUGGCUGCCAGGUGGUUUGGAUCGGAGGGGAUGUGGGAGAGGGGGAAAGGCUGGGUCAGUCAGCUCAUGGGAGGGUGGGGGAGAGGUGGGGAGAGAAGUGGCGGAAAGUGGCCAGGGACCCACCCAGAAUUGUGCCACCCACGCCUGGGCAAGCGGGGGUGGAAAUCUAGUCUUCCCCACACAUGUCUGGGUGCCUUUUUUUUUUUUUUUUGGCCAUGCUGUGCAAGCAGGAGGGAUCUUAGUUCCCCAGCCAGAUAUGGAAACUGCACCUUUUAUCUAAAUAAAAAAAAUAAAAUAUUGAAAAUA